CACUGAAUUUAAACCUUCUGAAAUCUCUCCUUACAAAGCUCUCAUCUGAUACGAAAAGCUUGUAAAUUGAUUCUGUCAGAAAUGCCCCUCCCAAAAUCUCUACUCAGAGUCAGAGCGCUCCACGUCCUCACUUGCCAAUCCAAGCCGCUCACUUCGCUACAUCCUCCGCCGCCGCCGCCGCCGCCGCCGCCGGCGGAUACCUUCCUCGUCGACAAGGCAGUAUCAAUUCUCAAAUACCACCACCCUUCACUCCUCAACCCCUUAAUCCCCCAAUUCACCCCUGCAGCCGCCUCCUCUCUUCUCCUCCAAUCCCAAAACGACCAGACCCUAAUCCUUAAAUUCCUCACUUGGGCUCGCGAAUUUCCCUUUUUCGCCACCCACCUCCAAUGCCUCUGCCUCUCCAUACACAUUCUCACUCGCUUCAAGCUCUACAAAACCGCCCAGACACUGGCGGAACAAGCCGCCCUCACUUUUCCCGCCGACCAAAGGAGCGAUUCGGUCUUUUCGUGCCUUGUCGACACGUACCAGCUCUGCAAUUCCAGCUCCGCGGUGGUUGAUUUGAUGGUAAAGGCCUUGUCUAAUUUGAAGCAGAUUGAUAGAGCUUUAAAUUUUGUGAAUUUGGCUACAAAUCAUGGUUUCCAGCCUAGUGUGUUGUCAUAUAAUUCGAUUUUGGAGGCGAUUAUUCGGAGUAAGGCUUCUGGAUUUGUUGAGUUAGCCAACACUGUGUAUAAUGACAUGAUGCAUAAAGAUGUUUCCCCCAAUGUUUUUACUUACAAUAUAUUGAUCAGAGGGCUGUGUGCAAAUAAGACUAUUGAUAGGGGGUUGGAUUUCUUUGAGAAGAUGGAGAAAAGGGGUUGUUUGCCCAAUGUGGUUACAUAUAACACCUUGAUGGAUGCCUAUUGUAAAUCGGGCAACAUCGAUGGGGCGUAUGCAUUACUGGAACUGAUGUGGGAAAAGAAUUUGGAGCCUAAUGUGAUUACUUACAACGUUAUCAUAAAUGGAUUGUGUCGAGAAGGGAGGAUGAAGGAGACGGGCAAGGUUUUUAAUGAUAUGAAGGGUCAGGGCUUGGUUCCAAAUGAAGUUACAUAUAAUACACUUAUCAAUGGGUUCUGUAAAGAGGGGAACUUUCACCAAGCUCUUGUUUUACACGCGGAGAUGGUUAGGAAUGGCUUGUCUCCCACUGUAGUCACUUAUACUUCUCUGAUAAAUAGUAUGUGUAAAGCCAGAAACUUGCGUCGUGCCAUGGAGUUCUUCGACCAGUUGCAGAUCAGGGGAUUGAACCCGAACGAGAAAACUUAUACAACUUUAAUUGAUGGUUUCUGUCAGCAGGGGUUCAUGGAUGAAGCAUACAGAUUUUUAAAUGAAAUGAUAAACAGGGGCUUUUCACCCUCAAUAGUGACAUACAAUGCAUUGAUCAACGGGCAUUGUGUGGCAGGUAGAAUCGACAAUGGCAUGGAAGUGAUUAAAGAUAUGACUGCAAAAGGAGUUUCUCCAGAUGUAGUAAGUUACAGUACAAUCAUAUCAGGUUUCAGUAGAGAUUCUCGUUUGGAUGAGGCAUUCCAAAUGAAAGAGGAGAUGGUUAAGAAGGGGAUUUUUCCAGAUGCUGUUACUUAUUCGUCUUUGAUGCAAGGUCUUUGUGCAGAGAGGAGACUAACCGAUGCUCGUGAAAUGUUUGAAGACAUGUGGAGACUAGGUUCGCAGCCUGAUAAGUGUACAUAUACUACUCUUAUUAAUGCUUGUUGUGCUGAAGAUGAUAUGGAAAGUGCAAUGUAUCUCCACAAUGAAAUGAUCAAUAAAGGCGUUCUUCCUGAUGUUGUUACCUACAGUGUGUUGAUAAACGGGCUUAAUAAGCAGGUUCGUAGUAAGGAAGCAAAGCGGCUGCUUUUCAAGCUGUUCUAUGAAGAGCAUGUUCCUUCUGAUGUUACUUAUGAUUUGCUGAUAGAGGGCUGUAGUAGCAUUGAAUUUCAGAGCAGCGUAGCACUUAUGAAGGGAUUUUGCUUGAAAGGUUUGAUGAAUAAAGCUGAUCGAGUUUUUGAGGAAAUGCUUCAUAGCAACCACAAGCCUAGUGAAGCAGUUUACAAUGUUCUCGUACAUGGCCAUUGUAAAGCAGGAAAUUUGCAGAAAGCAAUCGAUCUAUACAUGGAAAUGGUGCAACUCGAACUUGUUCCUCAUGCUGUUACCAUUAUUGCUCUUGCUAGAGAACUUCACAAAGUGGGGUGGACGGAAGAGCUGAAUCAAAUUUUACAAGAUACGUUAAAAAGCUGUAAAGUUAUUGAUGGUGACCGAGCCAAAGUCCUUUUGGAGGUGAAUUACAAAGAAGGGAACAUGGAUAACGUUUUUCACAUUCUGCAGGAGAUGUCCAAGGAUGGCCUGCUUCCCAAUGAUUUUAAGACUGCAUAGGCUUGUGACGUUAUUUUUAUAGUAUUUUAUAUGGCAUCAUUAAGCUGUUAGUGUAAAACAGAAUAAGGGGCUGGGUAUGCUACACAUGUCGGACUUGCUUUUUCUCCCAAAAUGAAGUUUUGAGUUAUGACAGUGUGUCCAGAUGGUAGUCAGUUUCGAGAAGAUGAAAAGAAUGGCUGCUAGCUUACUGAGCCAUUGUGUUAACAGAAGCCAUUCUUCUUUCCCAGCCGAAUGAAAAUGGUGAACCAGUGUCAUAUCUUUAGUGAGAUAGACAAGGAUGGCCUUGGUUUCAAUUGAGGUAACAACAGCUUAGAGUUAUGAACAGGCAUGAUGACUAGAGGAGUUGUAUUUGGACAGAGUCUUGUAUUUUCUUCACGAUAUUAUCAAGAGUAAGCAUAGUCGCCGGUUUAUUGACUAUUAUCUGUUAUGCCGGUAGUGUAUUAAAUCUACUACUGAAUUAUUUAACACAGACUGCAUACAAAUUCGAAGGGGGAUAAGAUACGCAAUAUUUGUUAUUGUGGUAUUGCUGAGACUACAAAUGCCAAACUUAUUAGUGCUGGAGGAAGCUCUCUCUCCACAAAUUUAUUGGUAAUGGUGUUGCAUUUGCAUACCUCUUGUUGGCUGAACCAUGGCUACCAUGGAGUCUUCACUGCUGUCUCCAUUUUAGCCAUUGAAUACAUUUUAGUCUUCAAACCGAUAAGAGCAUCCCAACCCCGUCCCCGAUUCAUGCCCCAAAUCCCCUCCACGUCAUCAUUCACUUAAAUUUAAAUCCCAGCACACAACUAUUAAAUUGCACUAUUAACAAUUUCAACAUAUUUUACUUGUAAAAAUUAAAACCGUUGAACAAUUAUAGCACCAAAAAUUCAUUUUUAAUUCAAAAAUAAUAAAUUAUAAACUAAAAAAAAUUAAAAAUUAGAACAUAAAAAAAAUGCAAAAAAAAAUAAAAAUUAGAAAAUCACGUGGGGAGCUUCGUCGCCCAUCUCCCUCUCCCCCUCCCACUUCUUCCCCUUCCAAAACCCUAAAAAAUCAGAAAUUGGGGCAACGGGUCACGGCCUGCUUCACCUCCAACGCCGGACCGGGACUCUCGAAUUGUGGCACAGGCGCUGGCCCGGGACGCGACUGCGUCACCGGGACCGUUCCAGGCCGGAAAUUGGGGUGGUUUAACGCUGGGGGCCGCGGGCCGGGACCCAAGUGCGGUCCGGCCCGCAGCGUUGAUGCUCGGAAUUCAAAUGAUUCUAGGUGAUCAAAUCAUCUGUUCUUCAUUUAAGAUCGAAGGAGGACCAGAAUACACGAUUGUGUUCAUUGUUGAAUCUCAAUAGUGGCUGUUUUCUUCAAAUUGUCUUUUAAGCUUGCGUAAAAUUAUUGUAGUACUAAAGUCUAGCAUCCACUAUGCUGUCCCCACCGUUCAUUAAUCGUCCCUUAAACUAUUAUUUGAGAGUCUCAGUGUA